AUGGAGGACGGAUCCACUGAGGAGUUUCUCUUCAAAGACCAUGACUUCUCCUCCGAACUGCUGAGGCAGCUGAAUUCUCUGCGGCAGAGCAGGAUGCUGACUGAUGUUACCCUCUGCUCCGGGGCCUUCGAAAUCCCCUGCCACCGAAACGUGCUGGCUUCCAGCAGUCCGUACUUCAAGGCGAUGUUCUGUAACGACUUCAGAGAGAGUCGCCAGGCUAAAGUCACCCUGAAGGGCAUCGAGGCCGAGAUUUUGGAUCAGAUUAUCCUUUAUGUUUACACAGGGGAGAUUCUUAUAUCCUCUGAGAAUGUCCUGUGCCUGUUGGAGGCGGCCUCCAUCCUGCAGUACGCUAAGCUGUUUGAGGCCUGUUCUUCCUACCUCCAAGACAAGCUGACUCCUGACAACUGUCUGAGCAUGGUCAGACUGGCAAAAGUGUUGAACUGCCAAAGCCUGAAUAAGAAAGCCAAGGCUAUGGCUUUGAAAUGCUUUCCUGAGGUGGCCUCUUCUGACGACCUGAAGGACCUUUGUCCCUUGGAGCUAAUAGAUUACCUUGGGGAUGAUGAGCUCUGUGGAGAGGAGGAGCAGGUCUUUGAGACACUGAUGGUCUGGAUCCGGCAUGACCUCCAGGCAAGACAAGGCUACAUCCAAGAGUUGUUCAAGAAGGUUCGGCUUCAGUACGUCCAUCCAACUUUCCUCUUCCACUUCAUUGCCAAUGACUCCCUCGUUCAGUCCUCACCCACUUGCAGGAGCAUCCUUGAGUCAACCCGGAGACACUUGUUUUCUUUGUAUAGCACCAACGCGCCUGACAUCAAGCCCAUGCUUCAUGUUCCUCGCAGGUACUCCAACCAAGAGUUCCUCAUCAUCAUUGGUGGCAGGAAGGACAGCCAGCAGACAACAAGGGAUGUCCUGCUCUAUGAUGACAAGACGAGCCAAUGGCUAAGCCUGGCCAAACUUCCCAUGCGCCUCUACAAAGCCUCUGCAGUGAGCUUACACAGCAAUAUUUAUGUGCUUGGAGGGAUGCCUGUUAGCAAUAGGAAAAGCCCGGUCAGUGAUAAUAUUUACAUUUACUCCCUCAAACUCAAUCAGUGGAGGCUGGCUGAGCACAUGUUAGUUCCACGCUACUCCCACAGAAGCUUGGCAUAUAAAAAUUAUAUUUUAUCAUUCGGUGGAAUUGGAGAAAACCAGGAAAUCCUGAAUUCAGUGGAAAGAUAUGAUAGCGUCUACAACACCUGUGAGAGCAUGGCAAAUAUGCCUGUUGCUGUCCUUCACCCUGCUAUUGCUGCCAAAGAUCAGAGGGUCUACCUCUUUGGGGGAGAAGACAUUAUGCAAAACCCUGUCCGGCUGAUCCAGGUUUACCAUGUCUCCAGGAAUAUGUGGUUUCGGAUGGAGACCAGAGUGGUGAAGAAUGUCUGUGCACCAGCUGUCGUGAUUGGAGACCAGAUUAUCAUCGUAGGUGGGUACACCCGGAGAAUAAUCGCUUAUGAUACAAAAGGCAACAAGUUUGUUAAAUGUGCGGACAUGAAGGACAGACGAAUGCAUCAUGGGGCCACUGUCAUCAAGAACAAGCUGUAUGUCACAGGAGGACGAUGUCUCACCGUGGACAAUGUCAUCGAAGACUUGGAUUCCUUGGACUGCUAUGAUCCAGAGACUGACACAUGGGCACCAAAGGGAAAACUGCCACACAAACUCUUUGACCAUGGGUGCCUUACACUCCAGUGUGUCCCCUGUUCUAACCUUCUCUAA